UCGUAUGAUCGAUUCAUUCCUAAAAUUUUGAUGAUUGAUUGACUAACUCUGACUAAUUCUGCUCUGCUUCAUUACAAAUUUUCGUUUUACCGUCAAAAAAUUAAUUAGCAAUUAUAAACUAUGGAAGCAGUAGGUCACAACUCCUCCAAGUUGCUUAAGGGAGGCGAAGAAUUGGUCUCCUUGAUUGCAAGGGUUCACAAAAUUAGCCACGAACCAAUUACGGAAGAACGUUUUAGCGACUUGCAACAAAAAGUGAAAAAUGUGACCGAGUCCAUGUUAUGGAAGGACCUGGACCCUGUCCUACAAAAUCUGAAAGUCAACAGCGAACCCAGCAAAGCGCUGUUAGCCGAAGUUGAAGAGGCGAUGGCGAAAAUUGAAGCGACUCCUUCCAGACAAAGUGUGAUUAUCCAAAAGAACCUUGAGCAACUUGAGGACAUCAUCGCGGAUAAGGAGAACUUAAGAAAGACCCUUCAAGCAGAAGUGGAUCUGCAUCGUAACAACUUGGAAAAAUUGAAUGGAUACGAGGAACGACUUCGUACGCUCGAUAAGGAGUUGACGUCGUUUAAGAUACGUUACAACGAGACUAGUUUGGAAUUGAAGAAGCUCGACCCCUCCACGUUAAAGGUCAAAUGUUUAAUGCCACUUAUUGAGAAGGCAUUGGCCCAGGCGAAAGAGGACGAGACUGCUCUUUCAUUGUUACGCAAGGAAAUACUGUCCCAGCCUGAUGCUCGAAAAGAAGAACUUUACAAUAAGCUUAGAGCAAUAUCUUUGAAAAGUAUUCAGAAUUCGAAAAGUCCCAAAUAUAAUGGAGCUGACGAGGAAUUUUUUUCCUAAUUGUACGUGGAUUAGCUGAUAAUUUAAGUCUUCUCUUCUUACCUUUGCUAUACAUACCACAUCACAUCUAUACUCAUUUAAUAUGUAUCUAAUUCAUACGUGCCAUUUUUUGAGGUCCAGUUUUAACAUUGGCCGUUUAUUUAAUUUAAUAAGUCCGUUAAUUCCUAUGAUUCAUACCACAUGUGUGCAAAAUGUCAACUCGAUCGGAUAAGUUUAAGGGACGAGUUAAUCGACAGACACGGUGAUAGUUCCCAAGAUUUGUGUGCUUCAAUUGAGUGAAUUGUACUAUAAGUAUGUAUGUAAUAAUACAUUACAUGGAGAUUACUUGACAUUUAGUAUGAAUAAAGAAAUACUAAAGAAA